AUGCCAAGUGCAACGAAGCGGGCCGGCGAGGCUGCAAUGGCGACGGACGCGAAGCGCGUCAAGGUCGACGCGCCGGCCGUCGACGCCAAGCCAGCCGUGGACGGGUCGCCGUAUGCCGAGUACGCGCUGAGCGAGCACGCGCCGCCACAGCUCGUGACGCUCGUGCAGCUCUUUGCGUCGCUCGAGUUUAGCAUCACGACGCUCAAUUUGUACAAGCGUACGCCGAGCUUCUCGGCGCUGCGCCGCGCGAUCGAGUCGUCGGCCAAAUGCACUUUUUCCGAGCACGAGCUUGCGCAGCUCUUGACGCUGCUUCCGGACGCCUAUGAUCUGACGUUUUCCAAGGCGCCCGACAACCACAAGGUGCCGUUAGAGCUCUGCGUGAGCGUGCCCGAAGCCAUGGCCAGCCUCUCGUUCCGCGAGCGCAUGGAAGCGUUCUGCAGCGCGGUCAACGACCGCAUCGCGCUGGCGCUCACGAAUGGCACGACCGACUUGACGACGAUCGAGAUCCCGCCCGCCGCCUUACCACGCCUUGAAGACGCGCUUGGCCCGACGCCGUUGGACCAGCUGCGCGCGCAGGAAGAGCGCCACGCGAGCGAGCUCACGCCGCUGCAGCAAGCCGCCGUGCUGGCCAAGCCGAUCCCAAAGGAGCUCCAAGGCCUCCCUCUCUGGCUCGUCAACAAGGUGCGCCUGGCCGAGCACCGCAAGGCGCAUCUGGUCGAGAAGGCGGACGUCGCGGGCUCCGAGCGGCUCGUGCAGACGCUGCCGCAGCUCGCGGACCAGCUCCAGUCGUACUCCAAGUGCGUCAACAAGAGCGCGAUCCUGCUGCCAACGCUGCUCGCAGAGCUAACGCGUGCACCGAUUCCUGAACGCCUCCAGGAGCAUGUCGAGCUACUGGCCAAGAAGGUGCCGUUCUGGGUCACACUCGUGCCGCACGAGAAGACUUUUGUGGUCCGGCUCAACUGGAAACAGGACUUUCGCGCGGUGAAGAAGAUUCUCUCGACGCCGUCGAACUAAGACCAAGAACUCGAUACAUUGAUAUUCACGUCCUUCACUCGCCGCCCGU